GCGGGAAUUAAUAGACAAUUGGUUUGUGUUGUGAUUGCAUUGAACGACGGGUUCAUCGCUUUAUUCAACAAAUAUUUGUCCACUUUUUCGGUGAUAAUGAGCGAAGAAAUAGUGCCCUCACGAGAGAGACGUAAAGCGAGUAAACAGUUGUCGAAGAAGUUGUCGGCAUUGGAUCGGUUGAGACAACUGAAGGGCCAGAAGAAUAAGUAUGAAUUGGCUGAUGAGGACAAUGUGUACGAAGAGGUGGAUGAAGAGGAGUACUCGGAGAUCGUGUCGCGCAGACAGCGGGAGGACUGGAUUGUGGACGACGACGGCUGCGGUUACGCCGACACCGGCAGAGAGAUCUUCGACGACGACUUCGAUGAACAACAGACCCACUCGUCGGCGAAGUACGACUCGAGCCAUAAGAAGCGGAAUCCGACGAAAGGAUCGCUCAUUAGUCGCGACGACGACGAGAAGAAGGCCCCGAAGAAGACAAAUAACAUCAGAGAGAUGUUUAUGAAGGGAAUGGAGACCAAUAGGUCCGCCAAAGCCGUGAAGGAUGUGGUGAUCGACGAGAAAGAGUUGGACGGAAUUAUUGACUCCAUUCACAGCACUUCCAGCAGAACCGGUGACCACUCGAAGAGAAUUACGAUGAGUUCAACGCCGAAAGCCAUGAAAUUGACGCGAAGAGUGACCCAAAGUCCGUCCAAUCCUUUUGCGGUCAAUACUAGCAGUAGUUCUGCGAAGAGAAGUUCCAAACGCGUCAGUAAUGGCUUCAGUGAACCGCCGAUGAAGAAGAGAUCACUCAUGAGUGAAGGAGACUAUGAUUUCGAUUCAAUUCUCAAUUCAGACGGAUUUGACUUUGAAAUGGAUUUGAAGCCAAACAUCACUGAAGUUGAUGUCAAAAGAGAUGACAACAAGACGUCUGAUCAAAAAGCGGGUUCUGGAGAUCAAUUGGAACUGAACCUAAGUGGCGGCGAAUGGGUUGUGUCCAAUCAGAACAAUGAUAUCCAAUCGCUUCCAAUAGCAGCCAUUUUGCCCAAAGAAGUCCCCUUCGAGUUCGACGACCACAAGAAUAAACUGAUUUCCUUCUACUGGUUCGACGCUUACAUCGAUUACUUCCGGAAUCCAAGUGUUGUCUAUCUGUUCGGCAAAGUGUUCAUCAAAGACAUCAAGCGAUUCGUGAGUUGUUGUAUUCAAGUGCGGAAUAUUGAGCGCAAAAUCUAUUUACUCCCGAGAGAACACUUCUUGGACGACGAGACACAGAAAGUCACUCUUCAGGACGUCUACAAUGAGUUCAAUGAUGUGAUCGCAAAGAAGUAUAAAAUAUCUCAAUUCAAGUCACGAAAAGUGACUAAAAAGUACUCUUUCGAUAACAAAGACAUUCCGGCUGAGGCCGAGUACCUGGAAGUGCUCUAUCCGGCCACUCAUUCGCCACUUCCACCCAAUCUGACGUCUGGUAAGACUUUUCGCCACGUCUUUGGCGUCAAUACGUCAGGUCUGGAGAAUCUGCUGUUGGACUGCAAACUGGUUGGCCCGCAAUGGCUGACCAUUAAAAACCCCGAGAUUGCAGACCCGCCGGUCAGUUGGUGUAAACUGGAGCUCAUUGUGAACAAAGCCAGCGCUCAGAUCAGUGUCGAUACCGAACAGAAGGCUUCACCCGAUUUCACAUUAGUCUCACUCAAUAUGAAGACAUUUGUGAACCCAAACACUAAACUCAAUGAAAUCAUUAGUAUCUCGUGUUUAGUGAACUCUUCGUUCAAUUUCCACAAACCAAACGUCAAAACCAAAUAUGACUCCCAUUUCUGUGUCAUAACAAAGCCGUCCAACAACUGCGGAGUCACUCUUCCGUACGACUUCUCACCCAAAAUGGCGCUUAAGAACUAUCACAAGACAAAAGUGGAACCAAUGAACUCCGAGAGAGAGCUUCUCAACUAUUUUAUGGCUAAGAUUCUGCAAUUAGAUCCCGAUAUCAUUGUCGGCCAUGAUAUCUACCAUUUCGAUUACGACCUCCUAUUGUCCCGAUUCGCUCACUACAAGAUCUCCAUGUCGUGGUCUAAAUUGGGUCGACUCAAGAGGUCAGGCGUUCCCAACAAAGCCAAAGAUAAAGGCGGACUCUGCGGUCGUAUUGUAUGCGAUAUCAAGAUCUCGAGCAAAGAGUUAAUACGCGCUAAGAGUUACGAUUUGACACAACUGUCGACACAAAUCCUUAAGAAGUCUCGCUUCGAAGUCGAACAGCACUUCCUCUCCAAUUACUUCUCGACAUCGAAUCAACUCUUAAGACUCGUUGACCUCAUUAUGAAAGACAACGAUUUGAUUAUAAACAUAAUGUAUGAGUUGAAUGCCCUGCCGUUGGCCCUACAGAUCACAUCCAUUGCCGGUAAUCUGCUGUCGCGUACACUCCUCGGCGGUCGUUCCGAACGUAACGAGUAUUUACUUCUUCACGCCUUUCAUGAGCGGAACUUUAUAUCUCCCGACAAAGUGUUUUCCAAUUCUAAAUUUGCAGAUUUCAAUGACUUUGACACUAAUGGAGACCCAAUGCCUAAGAAGGCCACCGCUUCCCGACAGAAGAAGGCCGCCUAUACGGGAGGUCUGGUCUUAGAGCCAAAAGUGGGAUUCUAUGACAAGUAUAUCCUUCUAAUGGACUUCAAUUCGUUGUAUCCGUCAAUCAUUCAAGAAUUUAAUAUCUGUUUCACAACUGUGUCUCAAACGGAACCCAAAGAGGAUGAGAAUGAAAAUACAGAGGAAUACAUACCAGAUCUUCCCGAUGCAGACCUUCCCGAAGGCAUACUUCCCAAUGAGAUCAAGAAAUUAGUGGAAAGUAGGCGUGAAGUGAAGAAAUUGAUGUGUAAUCCAGAUUUAACUCCGGAUUUGAAACAACAGUACGAUAUCCGUCAAAAGGCUCUCAAACUGACCGCAAAUAGUAUGUACGGGUGUCUGGGUUUUAGUUACUCCCGUUUCUAUGCCAAACCAUUGGCCGCUUUGGUUACCUUCAAAGGCAGAGAGAUUCUCAUGAAUACCAAACAGUUGGUCGAGAAGAUUGGUCUGGAAGUGAUAUACGGUGACACGGACUCCAUUAUGAUUCUGACCAAUUGCACCAAUUAUAAUGAGGUCAAGACUGUCGGCAAUAAAGUCCAGAUAGAAGUGAACCGUUUGUAUAGACUCCUGGAGAUAGACAUCGACGGAGUGUUUCGUUCAAUGCUUUUGCUUAAGAAGAAGAAAUAUGCGGCGCUUACCGUUCAAAAGGCACCGAACGGUGAACUCAGUUACGUGAAGGAAGUGAAGGGUUUGGAUAUCGUUCGACGCGAUUGGUCUAUACUGGCGAAGAAGGCCGGAGAACGCAUUCUCGACGAGAUUCUGUCCACUGAUAAGUCCAGUGAACUCAUUGUCGACAACAUUCACAGCUAUUUGAAAGAACUCUCGGAAUCCAUCAGACGGUCAGAGCUUCCCAUCGAAGAGUUCGUUAUCAGCAAAGCGUUGACUAAGAAUCCCGAGGAAUAUCCCGAUAAGAAAGGGUUGAGUCACGUAAGCGUUGCGCUCAGAUAUAACGAGUCAAGUAAGGCAAAGAAGUUGAGGAAUGGAGAUACCGUUGCGUAUGUCAUAUGUGAGGACGACUCGGGACGACCGGCCACUCAGAGGGCUUACCAUUGCGACGAACUCAAGGAAAAGAACUUAAAGAUUGAUGUCAAUUAUUAUUUGAGUCAACAGUUACUUCCGGUUGUGUCCAGACUUUGUGAGCCUAUCGAUGGCACGGAUUCACACAUUUUGGCAGAAUUUAUGGGAAUUGAAUCCAACAAUAAGUUCAAUAACCGAUCGCUUCUAGAGGUAGAGAACGCCAUCGAAAGGGGAGAACAUAAAUACGAUUUGUGUAAACCUCUGGUAUUAAAGUGUGUUAACGAAAGCUGUAAUCAAGAGUUAGUCAUCACAACAGUGUUUAAAAAGACGGAUAAUAAUGAAGCAAAAGAUGGCGAAAGUGACAAAUCAUUGACUAAAAAGCGUUUAGAGCUGUCGUUCAGUCGGUGUCCGCACUGUAACAUUGAGUUCACAGAACUAAUGGCCCCUAAGUUCGAGGUUCAGAUCCGACGUCUGAUCAAUGAAUUCAUUGGAAACUUCUACCAAAAAUGGAUGAUAUGUGACGACCAGAUAUGUUCGCAUAGGACUCGCUAUUUGACGGGUCGUCUCUCUAAAGUGGGUCCUCUCUGUCCGAAAUGCAAGUCUGGAAAUCUCUGUCCCGAAAUAAGCGAGUUUCAGCUCAACCUUCAGUUAACUUAUUUCAAACAUCUGAUGGACUUAAGCCCUACAAUCAAACUUUUGACCACAGAAUCUGAUAAAAUGGACGGAAAGCUACUAAAGGCCAGAAACAAUGAUUACUGUAUUAAUUAUGUAUUGAAAGCACAACUCGAACCCAAAGAUGUGACGACCGAUGAGUUUCAAUUGGAUUGUCUCCUCAAUCACAACAAGAAUCGCGAAAAGCACUGCUCUUCUCCACUCAAAUACAGUCCCAAACUCAAAUUGUUUGCCACUAAACGAGCGACCCUUUUGGCCACAAAUGGGGGCAAAAACUUCGGUUCACUCCAUACCACAGCGUUUGGUGAGAAUAGUCUUGUCAUGAAAUACGAGAACUCGACUCCAAUUGACUGCAAACGAGUCGUUGAGAACUGGUAUAAAGAAAGAGUGAAAUAUAGCUGGAAAUCGCAGAAGAAAAUCAGUCCCGUCUCCAAACAUUUUGCACAAAUGGUGUGGAACUCAACCCAAAGAAUUGGAUGCGCUUCUGUUCUCUCAGAUACCUUUCCCUUCAAAUAUGUGUCUAUUGUCUGCACAUAUUAUAAUGCGGUUCCGUUCGGGCGAAACAUCACCCAAAAUGUUAGAUCUGUCAAGAAAUGCGACCAAAUUCUAAGCACUCAUGGGCAAUGGAUUCAGGAGUGCAUCAAAGAGCACAAUAGAAUCAGAAAAUUACAUUCAGUCGACCCUUUGGUGAUCAACGAUGAGAUCUUCCAAUCAUCACAUAAGAGAGCCAUAGGAAUGGCACAAAAGGGCUUCAGAUUCUUUCGCCAUAAGAACUCUGAGUUCGGAGAGAAUAUUCACUGGACAUCAGCCGCUCAUAUGAAUGGCUCGCAACCCAUCAGUUGCAGCGAUUCUAUAGGCAAAUGGUAUGGAGAAGUGAUUAACUAUGACUGGGAUUACCGACAAUCCCAUAACGGGACGGUUAGACACUUUAUACAACUGGUUUGGAGUCCCACGACAACCGUGGGUUGCGCUCAGGUCCAGAACAUCGAAGAACCCAAAGGAGGCGUAUAUACGGUCUGUCUAUACAAACCAAAAGCCGAUUUCACGGUUAAUGAGCUCCAGUGGGAGAAUGUAUUUCCCGAUUACAGCAUCAAUAAGGAGGUGCAGACUGAGAGCACCGUUACUGCAAAGGCUCACGACUAUGAACACAUCGAUGAGUUGGAUGACGAGACAGAACUUGAAAAGGAGUUCAAAGAUGUGGACGACAUUAUCGACACAAGGAAUGCCGUUCAGCGACAAACACCGGCCCCCAGUCUUGAAGAUAUGUUCAUUAAGACAACCACUCAAAAGAUCCCGGGAUUUGAUAGGAAUGAAUACAUUCAUAAGAAAAACGGAUAG